AUGUUGUCUUUUCGUCUCGCUCUGUUGUGUGUCGGAUUGUUCGCGGUGGCUUUUAAAAGGGCUGAAGCGAUCAGUCAAGCUGACAAGAUGAAAAUCUACGCCGUGAUGCUGCCAACUGUGCAAGAGUGCAGCAAGAACUUCGGCGUCAGCGAAGAAGACAUAAAGAAGGCAAAAGAAGCAGGAAACGUGGAUGGCCUAAACCAAUGUCUUUUGGCUUGCGUCUUUAAGAAGGCGGGGGUGAUCAACGAUGCUGGGCAAUUCGAUGUGGAGAAAUCCAAAGAACUUAUUUCCAAAUACUUAUCUGACUCAAACGAACAAGCUAAAGCCCAAGAAGUCAUUGGAAAAUGUGUAUCGGUGAACGAUCAACCCGUUGGAGACAGCGAGGGUUGUGAUAGAUCCAAGUUGCUUUUCGACUGCUUGAUGCCAUUCAAGAAAGAGUUCGAGGGCUAA